AUGACUAAGAUUGUCAUUCAGCAGAGGCUACUGCUAGAGGCGCCACCAGGGCGGAGCAGCCAAACGCACCGGAGCCUCGGAACGGAGCUGGAGCCCGAGCGAGCGCGGGGGCACCGCACACCACCGCGCCUCUCGAGGCACUCGGCCAGGCAAAGAAGGAAAGAAGGGGCGAUGGGCGGCGGCCAGCGAUCCUGGCGGCCGUCGCUCGCCACGGAGGGCACCCAGGUCCACCCCUGGUCUGGCCCCAGGGGACCGAGCAUCCCGCGUGGCCAACAUGCGCCCUGGGCGCUUUUAGGCGGAUGCGAGCGGCAGUCCCCCGCCCAGCUCUCACUCGGCUUACCGCUGGCUCCCGGCUGCCCUUCCCGGCCUCUCUUCCCUGGGCCCGAGCCCACGGGGGCCGGGUCCCGCCCCGCCCAGUCCCAUUGCGCCCCGCCCAGCCCGGCAGAGAAGGCAGAGAAGGAGAGACGCCUGGCCCCCUCUCCGCCCCCCGCGGUGUCUCCCAGGAGCUCAGGGCGCAUGGAGAGGACCGCGGCCGGCUGCGUGUGCCCGGAUGAGCAGAGCAUCCUUCCGUGUAAGAAGGAGGAGCUGCAGUGUGACAACGGGCUGUGCCUGCUGAACUGGCUGCGCUGUCACUACAAGAAGGACUGUAGUCGAGACUACAUGUCCAUCAAAAUCAGCUGCUCCAAAAUUCACUCCAAUCAGAGCGGCCCCGUCAACAAGUACCCAGUCUUCACAGAGAGCACUGGUGACCCCAGCCUGCUGGUGUCCCCUCUGCUGGUGGCUGGGGUGGUCAUCGGCCUGGUGCUAUUUCUGUCCUGUGUGACCAUCAUUGUGGGCAGCCUGAGGAAGGAUGGGCGACUCCGGAACCACCCACACCUGAGGAGGGACCCCACCUAUGCUCCAGAUGGCUUCUCCUAUGGUGGCUCUGUUGGAGAGCUGAGAUCCACCUGCAUUGAGGAGUUCCCUCCUGCCUUCGACUUUGGUGCCUACAUGGAGACACUGUCCCAAAUCAACGUGCUGUACCCAGACUCACCACCAGGCUAUGAGGAGUGUGUGGGACCAGGGUCAACUCAAAUCUACAUCCCCACUGAAGACCCUCCACCAUACUCACUGAAUGACCCUUGCCGGGACAGGGAUGUCUCCAUCCAGAUCAGUGCGGCAGAGGAGAGGGAUGAGGAUGAAGACGGGGCUUCUUUGCCUGUGGCCGAGGGGGAUGCUGGCUAUUCCAUCAGAUUUCCCCAAGGACAGGCAGCCAUCUCCACUAUUGCCCUAGAAACUGUGCCACCCUAUGAAACUGUAGUGCAUGACCCUAAUGUGCUCCUUCCUCUUCAGAGUCUGAAAAGCUCCCCAGCUGAGUACCAGACCCUUCUCGAUAGGACUGUGUAACCAGGGUUGGCCUUUGCUAGCCCCACUCCAGAGGGAAGGGCCUGACUAGCUGCAAAUACACGUACACACAUGCAGAGAAAACAGCAACAAGAACACAAAACCCACGAGGUUGGGGGCAGUGUCAUUCAAUAAUAGAAUGAACCUCUCACUACCAGCCCAACAUACAAAACUCCCUUGUGUUUGUUCCCUGUCCCUUUCAGGACCUGGGACAUGCAGGGCAGUAGCUCUCUUUUCUUCCAGCCCCUUCCUCUUCCCACACUUUCCCAGCAGGUUCUCAAAGUUGGUGUAACCCAGGUGGUCAGAGUCUGAUUUCUGCAUUGGAAAUUCUUCCCUAAACUGCUACAGCCUCAGUUCAGGCAGCCCCUAGGUCACCUCUGCUGUACCUCCAUUCCCCCUUCACUCUCUGCCCCCAUCCCUGUCCUCUCCUCAGAGAGACGCAAGCUGGUCAGUCUGAGAGUGCUAGCAUGGGCCAGAGGUCAGGGGAAAUAGACAGGUGUUGUCAACGGCGGUUCAUGCUAUCAAUGGAAAAAGAAUUCUCCCUUCCAAAUGAGCUUUUAAAAUGAAUUUGAAGAGGCAGUAGAGUGAUCUCCAUCACCCACAAUAUUCAACCUGAGCAGGAGCCCAACGGUAGACACCCUCAGUCCCUCCAAACCAAUGGCUAGAACCUGGAUUGGAACUUAUCCUUCUCAGACCACCCACACAGAUCUAAGGUUGACUGGUCUGGACCAGAAGAACCCAAGUAAGCCAUGCUAUCAAGUCAUUCCCAGAAGGCCUACCUUGUGAGAAUGCCCCCAGCAGGGAAAUGGUGGCCAGGAAGAACUUAUGGAGUCCCAAUGUUGGCAAAGCCCAAGCUUAUUUAAAGGGAGGCAGCUCCUCACAGAACUAAACUCCAUGGCCUUGAUUUUCUGGCAUUCGUAGCCUCUGUCAGACAGCCUCUCCACAGGUUUGGACUAAUGGGUCCAAUGGACAAUGCCCUGACAAGAGAGUGAGAGUUGUCUUGGCCUGGUGGUGUGUCCUGGGCCCAAUCACUUCUCAAUAUUUGAUGAGUGGUCUCCCUGUCAGUUCAAUUAAGCAGACAUCUAUUGUAUGCAGACCCCUAUGCUGGGAAUCAGGGGACAUAAUAAAGUUUAUGUAAGAUAUGGUCUAUGUCCUUAUGGAGCUGUAGUCUAGAGAAACUUACCAACUAACGCUUCAAUCAGGGAGAAAAGAGUCUCUUGGCUAAGAGAUGGAUUGGGCUGCAUACACAAGCCUAACUUCAGUGGGUCUAUGGCUGCAAAUUUUCCCAGAGAAGUUGAUGUGCUUCAAUCUUCCCCCUCAGCCCCAACCCAAGCACAUUUAGUUAACACAUGAUGACAGGCCAGACAACUUUGGCUUUAAAUCUCCCAGAAAGGAUGAGAGAAAGACAUAGCCCCGAAAAGAAGGAUGGAAACUCAGUGGAGGAUCAGCCCCAGAAUUCUUCAGCCAUAGGAACCCCUUACAAUCCCAUAAGAUGAGAAACCUUUCCUCUGAGCAGCAUGAGAACAUUCUGGCUGGGAUCCAAAUAGCCAGAGGACAGACAGAGGCUAAGGAUGGAGAUCUGUCUCAGGAGGGGAAGGAGGCGCCAGUUGAUUCUAUCAGAGCCACAGACUUUUCUGAACAUGGAUGUGGGGACAAAAUGGAGUUGCGUUGGAAACCUCCAACACUUCCCUCCACUGGAGGGAGCUUUGGGUAUUGGACAACCACCCACAUUGGCCCUUCUGCAGCCCGGAGCCAUUAUUCCAGAGCUGGUCCUGAAAAAGGCAACAUGAAAGAACCCAGAAGUUCCGUUUUACCCGUCCAAUCAUCAGCCCCAUCUCCUAACCCUCCUUCUGCUUCUCCCCAAAUCUGGGGCUUUUACUCUAAAGGUAGAGUGGUGUUUUCCAAAGAACAUGGGAGCUGGAGUCAGAAGACCUGAAGCUGAAUCCCUGUUCUUCUAUCUACUACGUGUGUGACCUUGGACAAGUCACAACCUUUUGGAAACGUUCAGUUUCCUCAUCUGUACAAUAAGGGGGUUGGGCUAGACGACCUCCAUGGUCCCUGCCAACUCUCAAUCCCCUAAUCUUAGGUCCCUGUGGCCCAUUUUUUAAAAUACCAGGAUUUUCAUCUUGUUUCUUGCUUCCCCCCAACUACUCCCCCUAACCCCAUUAAACUUUCCAACUCCAGUGAAGGGCUAUGACUUUUAUUCAAUCACUUUUUAAGGAGCUGGGGGCCAGGAAGGGGGAGAAAAAAAUGAAGAUUUUAUAUUUUACUCUGCGUAAAUUUAGAGUUUCUCCCAGUGCUAUUCACUGCUUUUCAAAGGCUCUUUAGCUCUGUUUCCGCCUUGAUGCUCUAACUCAUUCUGUGGAUACUAGGGAUUGUUUACAAACAGCUAUCUGUUCACUUUGGUGGUUAUACUGUUUUAUAGGGGGAAAUGUAUCUAUCUUCUCUCUCUGUCGUACUGUAUAGAUUUCUACAUGCACUGCAGGGCUUUGAGUCUCCUAAGAAACCUGUCCUCCUUCCACACUGUAGCAAGCGUGAGUAACCAACCAAAAAAACUUUCAGGACACAUCAGCUUUUGCAGCUGGCUACAGAGACGGAGCUGGACAUGUUUUCUUUCUUGGGCUGGGCUCUGAAUUGAGCAAUGGUAUAUUCUUUCUUUGUUCUGAAUAAAUAACUAACGAUGUAGCACUUGUAGACAUAACUUAGUAAUCGAGUGCACAGCUGGGCUUUUCUUACCUUGUUGAAACUUGUAAGGAAAGGAAACAGCAAAAACAGCAGCUGAUUCAAAUGCCUCGAUUUAGCAAAUAACAUUUUAACCCAGCAAGCCUUCACCUGAAUGUUUCUGAAAAUUAGAAUCUGUAAGCAGUACAAAGUGUUUUAUUGUUCACACAGGAUGAUUUUGCAGCUGGUUAUAUGCUGUAAAUGACUUGCUGGGAUGACUUUUUUUUUUAAUCUCAUCUGAAACCCGGUAUCAUUUUUUUUUUGAGACUACAGUGAUUAUGUGGUCCCUGAGACAGGUUAUGAUCUUCAGCCCUGUUCCAGCAAUACUGGGUCCAGGGAUUUCAGGGGACCAUACAUUUUUAAAAGAAUAGUCCUUACUCAACUUUCAGGUCAUUCUGGCUUUUACCACCAGGAAGAUGUGUAUCCAGAGUUUACUGUAGAGCUGUCUUUAAUUACACAAUAAAGAACUAUUUCACACUU